AUGGCUGCACUGUGGGUCCUGGUGCUGGUGACUGCGGAGCUGGGCUUGACCAGAGCUAGCCCUGUUCCCACUUCCAAGCCUGCCACAACCAGGAGCGGCUGCAACUUUAGCAGGUUCAAAUCUCUGUCACCAAGGGAGCUAGCGGCCUUCAAGAAAGCCAAGGAUGCCUGGGAAAAUUCGCUGGAAAACUGGAACUGCAGCUCCCGCCUCUUCCCCAGGACCCGGGACCUGAAACAGCUGCAGGUGUGGGAGCGCCCCAUUGCCUUGGAGGCUGAGCUGGCCCUGACGCUGAAGGUCUUGGGGACCAUGGCUGACUCGUCCCUGGGUGACAUCCUGGACCAGCCCCUUCACACACUGCACCACAUCCACUCAGAGCUCUGGGCCUGUAUCCUAGCUCAGCCCACAGCAGGCACCCGGCCCCGGGGCCGCCUCCACCACUGGCUGCACCGGCUCCAGGAGGCCCCAGAGAAGGAGUCUCAAGGCUGCCUCAAGGCCUCUGUUAUGUUCAACCUCUUCCGCCUCCUCAAAAAGGACCUGGAAUGUGUUGCCAGCAGAGACCUAUGUAUUUGGUCUUCAUCUACAGUUCCUGAAAACACUUCAGAGUCAUAAAGGUGAAAUAGAUGUCUUAUUAUUAAUGAAGGUGAAUUUGGACCCCACCCAAGGGCACUGGCUGACUGUCAGGAGGACCAACCACGUGAUUAGAGGGUUGGAACUUUCAGUCCCACCACCACCCCCAACCUCCAGGUAGG